AUGACCGAGGCCUGGUGGAGGGACAUUUUCUCGCAGUGUCUGAAGGGCCUGGAGUUUUUGCAUGGCAAGGCGAUUAUGCAUUGUGACAUCAAGGAAGAUAACAUCAUGAUCAGGAGUGACACGGGCUACGAGUCGCCAAAGGUCGUUCUCAUCGAUUUCGGUCUGGCCGAAGGCUUCUCCAGCACGAGCAAGGGCGCGAGCGGUACCCCUGGGUACAUCCCGCUGGAGACGUUGGAAACAGGCUGGUGGUACCCACGAGGUGACAUUUUCAGCAUGGGGGUCACCUUCCUCCAGCUGGUGAUCGGGCGGACUCCCAGCGGAGACGGCACCGUGCUUGGGGUGCUGCAGGCAGAGGUCAGUGGCAGCGCGGCGGUGGUCAGGGCGGCCAAGGAGAUGAGACUACCCUGGGAGCGCUUCCCUUUGGACCUGCCCCUCCUGCGGGACCUGCUCGCCCAGAUGCUGGACAGGGACCGCCGCGCGAGGCCCACGGCGGCUCGGGCCCGGAGGCACCGGUGGUUCUCCGCGGGGGCGGGGCCGCUCUCGCGGGCGUGCGCCCCCGAGGGGCGGGCCUGCCGGGAGGCGGCGGGCUGCGGGCGGGCGGUGCUGCUGGAGGAGCUGGUCACAGGCAAGACGCUCGCGGAGUUGCGGUCGCUGCACGCCGCCCUGCGUGCCGCCGACGGCCUGGGGCUCGGCCUCCUGGCGAGGCCCCGCGCGGCGGAGGUCCUGGCGGAGCACGGCGUGUCCGCAGACGCGGCGGCAGUGUUCGCGCGCGGGGCAGCCCCGACGCGCUACAACAGGCUGAUGGCGGAGGCGCUCCGCACCAAGGAGACCUACACCCGGCACUUCCUGAAGGAGCUCUGGGCCGGCGCCGCCGGGCGCACCAUGGGCGGCACCGUCGGCACCCUGCCGCAGGGGAGGGUCGCCGCCCUGCUGGAGAGCGAUCCCUUCUCCGAGGUGGGCGACCCCGAGGGCCUCUUGGAGCAGAUGGGCGACAGGGGCGCGGGCAGCCAGAUGGCCGAGUACGUCACCUUCGACGCCUUCCAGCAGGUGCUCGUGCAGGAUGGGCGGGUCGGCCGCCGCCUGGGUGUCUCUGGCCACGCGCCCCGGGCGUGCUGCAUGUGUUAUUGA